GUGAUACGAGAAUGUCCUUAAAUUGAAGUCCCAAGUGAACGCUUAUUCUGGUGGCAAAAUACCCUCCGUCUCCAUCAACGUGAUAAUAGCGCCGUUGCUGAAACCCUAGUUCUUCUAAAACAAUAGAGAGGAUGGCCGGAGGCAACCAUCACAAGGGCUCAUCCCAUAAGCCUUCUUCUUCUUCAUCUCAUCGGAAAUCCCGGUGGGAGUCUGGCAAUAAUACUCCUGCCGACGAAAAACCCUCCGCCGGCAGCGAUUCCAAGCCACCACCCAAAUCCUCCUCAAACCCUAAAGCCAACCCAACCUCCAAACCUGGUCCCUCCCCUAGCCCCAGCCAACCCAAGCCGCCAGCCGAUCCGGUUCCUCACCCAGGAUUCGGCCCGACGUCUUCCGGAUCUCCGUUCCGUUUCCCGUUCCCGGACGGUCUAGGGCCACCACCACCACCAGCAUAUGGGUUUCACAUGCUCGAACGAAGGACCGUCGCCCUCGCUGACGGUAGCGUCAGAUCUUACUUCGCUCUGCCGCCCGAUUAUCAAGACUUCACUCCUCCGACACGGCCGAUGGACCCUUCCGGUCGAAUGUUGCCUCACGGUCAGGAGUUAGGGUUCGAUAAGCGAUUUCCUCCUGCUGGGCCGAUGAGUCCCGAAUUCCGCGAUCGUGAGCGCGAGGAUCUAUUCAUGCGCGCUCGAAACCAAGAUUAUUGGAAUUCUCUCGGCCCUGAAAAUUUGCUAAAGAGGAAGUUUGGAGAGGAGGGUGAAAGGGGUCGGAGAGAAGAGAGGGAAGCAAAGGACGAUUUUGUGAGACAACGGCAGCAGCUUUUGCAGUAUGGGAAUGCAGGCUUGAAUCCGAGUGGGUUUCCUGGCGAAAGGGGUGAUUUUAUGGCGGGAACAAGUAGGGACUUGGCAGAUAUGGCUAGGGGUGACGAAUUGAGAGCAGCGAAGUCUAUGAGAAUUGGUGGUGAUUAUGACAGUUUUCGCAGGCAAGGUGGUGUUGGUGGUGACAACGUGGGUCUGAAGCAUAGUGCGGUUGAUCAGGGUGCCUUGAAGAAGGCAUUUUUGCAUUUUGCGAAGUUGGUUAAUGAGAGUGCGAAUCAGAGGCGGAACUACUUGGAGGAUGGAAAGCUGGGACCUCUUCAAUGUGUUGCCUGCGGCAGGUUUGAUAAAAUUGGGUCUUCUAAAGAUUUUCGAGAUAUGCAUGAUCUUAUCAUGCACACUUACUACUCUGAUAGUGUUGACAUGCGUGCGGAUCACUUGGGCUUACACAAAGCAUUAUGUGUUCUGAUGGGCUGGAACUAUUCAAAGCCUCCUGACAACUCAAAGGCAUAUCAGUUAUUAUCUUCUGAUGAAGCAGCAGCUAACCUGGACGAUCUGAUUUUAUGGCCGCCUGUGGUGGUCAUUCAUAAUACAAUUACAGGAAAGGGUAGAGAGGGGCGCAUGGAGGGGUUGGGGAACAAGGCAAUGGAUAUUAAACUUAGAGGGUUAUAAUUUAGCUGGGUACAAAGCUUAGCAAGAAAUGGAGUACAAUGAAAUAUCAAUGAAGGCUUACCAAAUUGUAAUUAUUAUUUUUUUAUUUUAAUAUCUUCAGUCGUUAAUGUUGAUGUUAUUUGUGGGCUGCUUUUUUGAGCUAUUGUGUAAUCUUAUCGCCUCCUUACAUAUUUCAAUUUAUAUUUUUUUAUACAUUUUCAGAAUUUCGUUUCAUAAAAAUUCGAUACUCUUUUAUCAUAAAUUUGGCCAUAUAAUAUUUUUAGAACUUUAGCUCGAAGCAAAGCUAGUUUAAAGAUUGGAAGCAGGUUGUUGGAUCAAAUUAACAAGGCCGAUUUCCAAAAACCAAAAUUGUAAUAAAUGGACUGAGUUUUUGUAAUUUAUGCCAUUUUCUUUUCUUGUAUUUGUUGCAAGUAUACUAAUUUGAUACAAAUACGCUCGACUCACUACUUACCCCAAAAAAAAAAAAACUAAGUGACGGAGAGAAACUUAUGAUCAUUCUUUGAGCAGUGAUAGGAAAAGAAAUGUUUUUUUAGUUAAAUAGGAAAAGAAAUGUUAAACUAUAGGAAAUCAUAUUUGGCAAGAAAUUUUUUUCAUAACAAAUCACAAAAUUUUUAGGGCCUGCGAUGUGUUUUAAGUCGUUUUGUUACAGUGGUGUUUUGGAUAAAAAUUAGAAUCAUGUUAUGAUAACAAAAAUUUGUUUUAGUUUUUCCGUUAUAAUAUCAAAAUGCACGAUAUCAUUAAUUAAUAUGAAUUUUAAGUCCAAAAAAAAGAAAAAAAAAAUUAUAAAAUAUUCCAAACAAAUAUGUCUCAAAUAUGAUAUGGGUUUAAAUUUAAAUAUUAAUUUUAAAAAAACAAUAUAAUAAAUUUUUAGGUUAAUUUUAUUGAUAUCUCUUACUAAAUAUCACUCUUAAAUAUAUUU